AAAAUGAAGAUGAGUUUUAUAAUUUAGAACAAUUAGAAAAUCUGGAAGAAAACAUAAUAAAACCAAUUGAAAAUAUCGAAGAGUUUAAUGCUAAUGAUGAAAUUAUUUACAAUGAAGCAACUAGUGAAGCAUAUUGA